AUGACUGCGCAGACCAAGAAGAGGAGCCCUGUGGAGAGUGGGGAUGCUGCUAUCGGCACGGCUCUCGUUGGCUUCGUCUCCAAUAACGAGGAUUUGGGUCCCAUUGUGCGGCAUGCUUUUGAAUCCGGAAGGCCUGAGGCUCUCUUCCACAACCUCAGGGGUAUCGCCAAGAGGAAGGAGGUUGAGAUCGAGGAGCUCUGUAGGCUUCACUAUGAGGAAUUCAUCCUCGCGGUCGAUGAGCUGCGUGGGGUGCUGGUCGAUGCUGAUGAGCUCAAGGGCGCGCUGUCGGGUGAGAAUCUGCGCUUGCAGGAGGUUGCUAGUGCCCUGCUUCUGAAGCUCGAUGAGCUUCUCGAGUUGUAUGCGGCGAAUAAGAAUGUUGGGGAAGCGCUUGCAACAUUGAAGAUCUGUCUGCAGGUCACCAGCCUGUGUCAGUCGUGCAACAGGGACAUUGCCCAAGGCAAGUUUCACACUGUGCUGAAGACUUUGGAGCUGAUUGAGAAGGACCACCUGCAGAAUAUUCCUCUGAAGCUUCUUAAAAAUGUUGUUCAGAAAAAGAUACCGAUGAUGAAGCUGUACAUCGAGAAGAAAGUUUCCAAUGAGUUUAAUGAGUGGCUUGUGUAUAUCAGAAAGUUUGCAAUGGAGAUUGGACAGGCCUCGAUACGCCAGGCCUCUUUGGAUCGUCAGAAAGAUGAGCGAAUGCGUGCCUGGCAGAGGGAAGCAGAAGAAUGUAGUCGUGGGGGGUUUGAUGAGCAUGCUUAUGCCUUGGAUCUGGAGUACAUAGAUGAAGAGUCAACACUAGAAUUUGAUCUUACUCCAGUAUACCGAGCAUACAACAUCCACAUAUCCCUUGGCCUUGGGGAGAAGUUUCGAGAGUAUUACUACAGUAACAGACUCAUGCAGCUUAACUUGGACAUGCAGAAUUCUACAACACAACCCUUCCUUGAGUCCCACCAGCACUUCCUUGCUCAGGUAGCUGGAUUUUUUAUUGUUGAAAACCGUGUUCUUCGAACUGCAGAGGGACUUCUAUCUGAUAGCCAGGUUGACACAAUGUGGGAGGCAUCUAUUUCUAAGGUCACCUCUUUUCUAGAGGAACAGUUUGCACUCAUGGAUGCAGCUAACCACCACCUCCUUGUAAAAGAUUAUGUCUCUCUUCUAGCUGCAACCAUGAAGAAGUAUGGGUAUCAAGUCACAUCUUUGCUUGAAGUUCUUGACAAAAACAGGGAGAGAUAUCAUGAGCUGCUUGUUUCAGAUUGUCGGAAGCAGAUACAAGGUGUCUUUGCUAAGGACUCGCAUGAAAGGAUGGUUAUAGAGAAGGAAAAUGACUACAACAUGAAUGUUGCAGCAUGUCAACUUGAACCCAUUCACGCAGUGCCGGAUUUGCCAUAUGUUGCGCCAUUUUCCUCAUCAGUUCCCGGUGCUUGCCGUAUUAUCCGUUCCUUCAUUGAGGAUUUGGUAAGCUACUUGUCAUAUGGUGUAGUGGUCAACUCCUAUGAUGUGGUGAAAGGAUACCUAGACAAGCUUUUAAUUGAGGUACUAAAUGACGGUCUUCUGAAGUUGAUACAUAAUGGUAGUUUGGAAAUCGCACAGCUGGUACAGAUUGCAGGAAAUAUUGCCAUCCUUGAGCGGUCAUGUGACAUGUUCCUUUUGCAUGCUGCCCAACUUUGUGGACUUCCUAAACGGCUGCUUGGGAAGCCUCAUUCUGGUUUGACUGCUAGGGCUGUGCUCAAGGCCUCCCAAAACGCAGCGUUCAAUGGAUUAAUAACCUCGGCCAAUUCCAGAAUUGAUGAAUUCAUGCUGCUGCUGACCAGCAUCGAUUGGACAACAGAGGAAACUCCAGAACAUGCAAAUGACUACAUGAAUGAAGUGCUCAUCUACCUUGACAUGGUGGUAUCGACUGCACAGCUGAUUCUGCCAAAAGAGGCCCUCUUCAAGGUCAUUUCUGGUUCACUCAGCCACAUCUCAGACUCCAUAAUAACAGUUCUUCUCAGCGACAGGGUGAAAAGGUUGAGCAUCAAUGCGGUUGUAGGUAUUGACAUUGACCUGAAACUGUUAGAGGAGUUUGCAGAAGACAGAUUUCACACCACUGGGUUGUCGGCCCUUAAAAAGGAAACAAGUUUUAAAGAUUGCCUUGUCGAGAUUAGGCAGCUGACUAAUCUUCUGCUGAGCAACCACGCCGAGAGCUUCAUGAACGCUGUGAUCAGGGAGAAGAGUUAUGCGUCCUUGGACCACAAGAAGGUAGCCAUCAUCUGCGACAAGUUUCGGGAUGCUCCUGACAGUCUGUUUGGGAGCCUUUCGAGUAGAAACAUGGUGCAGAGUGCUCGGAAGAAGUCCUUGGAUGUGCUGAAGAGAAGGUUGAAAGAUUUUAACUGA